UACAAACGCGUCAAAAACUAACCUUUGCGUUUCAUUAUUUGUUUUUAUUUUUUUUAGAAAGUGGUUUAUUUUAACAAAGCUGUUAAUAUUUAAACCCCGGAAUUUCCAAAGGUUCCUACGCUCCAUAGACAGAUGUAUAGAAAACACGCCCAAUCCCUCUCUGAUUGAUUGAAUUAAAACGAUGCGGUAUAGUUUAUUGGUUGAGGCUCUCUACCGUGCGGGUGUCGUCAUCCUGACGUCAUCAAGCUUGAACAUGGCAAAAGUCACGUAUAUAUGUAUAUUUCAUGGGAACGAUUACCGUGGUGUUAAGUAAAGAUAAAACAGAGACGAUUAUAUUGAUUCUAGACCGCAAGUCGGUUUCAUAACGGUUGGUGCGGCGGUAGUACAUCGUCGGUUAAACCCGGCUUCAAUCCGAGUCAACCUAAUUACCGAGGGUGAAGGUAGGCCUACUGUGGAAAGUACGAAAAAGCUCAUUUAGAGAAAAAAAUGCGAUUCUGUAUUUCAGGAACUGCUUUCAUGUAAAGAACCCACACAGCAAUCAGGAUACGCAGAUUAGGAAAAGGAAGACUACCAGCAAAAAUCAUUCAAUAUGAGCGUGAUUGGUUCUACAUUCCGAAGUGUUCUCAGUGCAUCUAAUUUAUCGAAAUCCAUAAUCAACAAGCGAGCUGCUUUUACUGGAAAAUCAACUACAAGCUCCGAUCCACCGGAAAAAAACAAAAACAAGCAAUGUUUAAGUAAAAAAUGUCAACCAUCCAGAGCUGCAAGUAGUGGAACAGCGGCAGCAGGGGUUCCCGAAAGCCCGCCAGUAAUCUGUCGUCCCUGCCAGCCCUCCGACCGUGAUGCGAUGAUCGACUUCAUGUCCACGAGGUUUGUCACGAGAGAACCUCUUAUGAAAGCUAUCGGUGCCACCCCAAACAACAGCAGUCUCUUUGUCGAACAUUGUAUUGAUGAAUCGAUUUUACAAGGAGCUUCUUUUCUGGCACUUGACAGUGAGACUGGCAGAAUAUGUGGCGUGAGACUUAAUGGAGUCGGUCCACCAAGCCCAUUAGAGAAAGAAUGCGAUUUUGGGACCACCAUCAAUGCCAUUCCAAAGUUUUUAGAUGACGUCGAAGGCGACAUGGCCAGCUUGCUCAAUACUGAUCAGUUCAUGCGACACAUCGCCAUCUGUGUGGAGCAGAGUUCGUCCCAAUGCGGCAUUGCAACCCAACUGAUGAUCAUGUCUGUUCAGUUCGCCAAGCAGGAGCAGUUGAAGUAUUUAACUGCGAUGUGUAGCUGGAGCCUUCCGUACAAACUCUCGCUUAAAAUGGGCUUCAAAGUGGUGCGUGAGAUCUCAUACUCUGACUACGCGAAGAAUCACGCUCAUCCCUCAAUGGUUCAACGGUUUAUGGAAUUGGCGAAAAAAGAGGAAGCUGCCAGAGUUAUGUAUUGCUGUCAAGAGUCGACCCCUGCCACGAACAGUAUAUACCCCCAUUAAAAAGUUAACAACAUUUUUGACAUUUUCUGAAGUCGUUUCGGCUUGCUCGGCACGCGACUGGCCGAGCAACAUUUCCGCCAAUUGAUGUCAAUACUUACCGAAGUGAAUUUUAAUUCCAGGUCUUAAUUUUGGUCGACCAAUUCAAGUCACAAAUCGUGGAAAAAGUUAUUGCCAUUUUUCAGUAUUGUUUAUCAUAUUUAUUUACUUAAAUGCAACAGGCACCCUUUUGACUGACACUUUUUCACACUCUUUUUAUCCAUAGCGUGUUAUAACAAAUGUUAGUUUACUGUUAGUCUCUUCUCUUCAUUCUUUAAAUAACA